UAGGGAAGGAUCUUAUUCUAUUCGCGACUGGAAAUUGGAAUUCGAACUCCGAACACCCAACCGAACCGGGUCGCAGCCGGGUUGCGUAAAGUUUCCCAGGCAGUCCAAAACCUUUGGAAAUGGCCAGAGCGAUGAAGAAAGCAACAGCAGGAGCAGGCAGCAUAAUUCUUAUAUUAAUGUCAUUUUCUCUACAAUCAGUUCAUUUUGCUUCGGCUCUACCUCCUUCAGAGACUCCUCAGGAUCUGGAGGUGGAGCAAUCUGCAACUUCAAGACCUCUUAAGGAAGCUGAAGAGCAUGUUGAUGAAGUACACUGUUCCAGAGAAAGAAGUAAGACAGCCUGGAAUAUUAUUGAGGAGCAUUUGCUGCCGUUUUUAGAGAAGGAAAAUUAUCAGGUUUCAACUGAGUGUAGGCUUCAUCCAAACAAUGAUCUGUUCAGAGAUCAGGAGCAGCACAAGAUUCAUCUGGAUAUAAAUCAUUGGCAGUGUGGAUACUGUCGGAAGAGCUUUCGUGCCGAAAAGUUUCUUGAUAAGCAUUUUGACAACAGACAUCACAAUCUUCUGAAUGUCAGCCACGGCAAGUGCUUAGCUGAUUUAUGUGGGGCAUUACAUUGUGACAUGAAGAUGGAUAUGAAGUCACGUAAAUCUAAAUGCAGUCCUGCAGCUGCUGCUAGGAACAAGCAUUUAUGUGAGAGUCUUGCUGAUAGCUGUUUUCCUAUUAAUGAGGGACCAUCAGCAAGCCGUCUCCAUGAUUUGUUUCUUCACCAAUUUUGUGGAGCUCAUUCUUGCACUGGAAAACUAAAGCCAUUUUCUAAAGGAGCGGAGAGGCAACCAGGAAUCUUUUACAUGGCAUCUUCAAUACUGAUUUUGAUGUUGCUACCUCUUUUCUAUGUCAUUGUGUAUUUACACCGCAGAGAAUCGAAGAAUGAGAUCCAGGUGCUUAAACGAAUCUCAAAAGCUGGACGUAAAACCAAACCCUUAUAACUGGUAGCACCCUUUGUUUGCCCCCUUCGCAUGGAUAGAACUACAUUAUUAGAUUUUUAAGUUGGGCAACAACUUCUAGGGCUUUGUUUGUUAAUCUAAUCCAAAGGUAAAAUAUCUUCAGCCAGAUGCUCUGUAGCCAUCCAUGGCGUCACCUGAAUGUAUAAUCACAGCAGUUUGCAUUAAACAGAGCGAUGGUUUUUCCUGCAUUUAACGCUGUAAUGUUAUCCUUAUCCUUGCUUUACAAAAUUUCAAGGCAUUGGUAAAUUUUAGGCUGGACCAAUGUAUCUGCUUCUUUAGCAGGCAUCAUCUAUUCCUUAA